AUGGGUGGAAACAGGGCAACCCACGUUAAUCCUUUCAUAGUGAACGACAGGACUGUUGAUAUCCAUAUCACUGUCCGCGGCUCAGAUUGGUAUUGGGCUGUGAUGUCGAUCAUGGGCUUCACCAUGCUCGCAAUAAUGGGGCUAUCUUUUCGCCGCCCUCCAACGCGGCGAAUAUUCCAUUACCUUCUCGCAGCCGUUGCUUUCGUAGCAAUGGUAGAACACUAUAGCAUGGCGUCUAAUCUCGGAUGGGUCCCGAUUGACGUAGAAUGGCAUCGCAGCGGCCACUUGGAUUCUGGAAUGAAUCGCCAGAUCUGGUGGGUUCGCUACUGUGGCUGGUUCCUGAUCUGGCCGCUUCUGUCUCUAUCUGUGCUUUUCACCUGCGCCGCCCCUACUGUUCAUAUACUCUGGGCGUGCUUUCUGAGCGCGGUGAUGGCGAUCAUGGCAGUAGUCGGUGCUGUGGUCCGCAGCGACUACAAAUGGGGAUAUUACGCGUUCUGGAUCUGGUCCUGGCUAUUGCUUGUCUAUUCUCUACUCAUAGCACCUCGAGGAUAUGCUAAAGCCUUAGGCCGAGAUGUCGAGCUCGCCCACAUCAUACCAGCAAGUUGGAUUUGUCUGCUCUGGAUGCUCUACCCUGUAUGCUGGGGGGUUAGCGAGGGAGGGAAUGUCAUCCCGCCUGACUCGGAGUUCAUCUUCUACGGCAUCCUUGACUGUUGCCUUAUUCCCAUCACCUGUGGGGUGUUUCUCUGGUUGCAUGCAGGAAUCGACCCAAGCUAUUUGGGACUGUAUAUUCGUACAUAUAAAGAUCCUAUUGGUGGAUGGAAGGAACCGGCACUUGUUAGUGGAGGGGUCGAAAAGCCCCAGGAAAUUAGGGCUCCGGGCCCAGUAAAUGGGGGUAGCGGUCAGCCGACUGCUUCUGAGCCUGGUCAGCUCGUCGAAGGAGUCCCGUCUGCGGAAGGACAGGAGACGGUCUAG